AUGGCCACAAUCAAGGCCAUCGAAGGCCGUUCAGUACACCAGAUUCAGUCUGGCCAGGUUAUUGUUGACCUGCAGUCCGUCUGCAAAGAGCUUGUCGAGAACAGCAUCGAUGCAGGCGCCACUGCCAUCGAGGUGCGCUUCAAGAACAAUGGGCUCGAUUCUAUAGAAGUUCAGGAUAAUGGUGCAGGCAUCGCACCGGCCGACUACGAGACCAUCGCACUCAAGCAUUAUACCUCUAAGCUGGCUACUUAUGACGAUUUGUCCUCCCUCCAGACAUUUGGUUUCCGUGGCGAAGCUUUGUCGUCGCUAUGCGCCCUCUCGCAUUUUCAUAUUGUCACCGCACGGGCGUCGGAUGGACCAAAGGGCACAAAGCUCGAGUUUGAGCAGUCAGGCAAGCUGAAAGACACAUCUGUGGUGGCUGCGAAGCAGGGUACAACCGUUGUGGUCGACACGCUCUUCUACAACCUUCCCGUAAGGCGGAAGGAGCUCGAAAAGAAUAUCAAAAGGGAGUACAACAAGGUUCUGCAGCUACUGAAUGCAUACGCAUGUAUUAGCGUAGGCAUCAAGUUCUCUGUGAGCAACAUGAUGCCCAAGGGAAAGAAGACAAUAGCAUUUUCUACGAACGCAAACCCCAGCACGAAAGAAAACAUCUCCAAUGUCUAUGGAGCGAAGACAAUUGCCGCACUGAUACCUCUCAACCUCAGCUUCGAACUAGACCCCUCAGCACAGCCCGGUGCCACUCAAAGUGCGAAAAACUGGAGCACUCAGGAAGACCCUGGCUCAAGCACCGUGAGAAUAGAGGGCCAUGUAUCGCGUCCUGUGGUAGGCGAAGGCCGACAGACGCCUGAUCGCCAGAUGUUCUUCGUCAAUUCGCGGCCUUGCAACCUACCACAAGUGGCCAAGGCCUUUAACGAGGUCUACAAGUCGUUCAACAUCACGCAGUCACCCUUUGUCUUCGCCGAUAUCAGACUUGAUACAAACGCAUACGACGUCAAUGUGAGCCCAGAUAAGCGGACAAUCAUGUUGCACAAUCAAACAAUGCUACUCGAGAACCUUAAGAAUGCCCUUCUUGAGUUGUUUGAAGGUCAGAAUCAGAGUGUACCACAAGCUCAACUUCUUGGCAAGAAACCAAUAACAUCAACGUUCAAACCACCUACUAUACAGAAUCGUACCAGCACACGUUCAAUAGACGAGGACCAGGAAAGCGAAACAGAGAACAUGGACAGCGUUCCAGAGGCAAUAACAAGGAGUGCUAAUGUAGCUUCUCCGCUAGAAAGCCCGGAUACACCUGGUGCAAAUACUCAUCCAGGCUUCGUCAAAGCAAGUCUCAUUGAACGCUUUGCCAGUCAGGAUGCUCAGGAUGGAAACAUUCGUUCGCAUCAAGCAAGAAAGAACAGCCCUUUCCCAGAGCCUUGGAAAACCAUUGAGCAAAAGACAGUCCCCGUAAUCACUAAACAGCACUCUGUUGCCGAGGAAGCUCUUGAAUUGAGCAAAACACUUGAUAGUAGAUCUCUAUCCCCCAUAUCUGAAACGGAACAGCCGGCUUCAGAUGUCUCAAUACGUCUUUCACAACCUCCCAAAGCUGUGCAAGAUUUUAAUGCUCGUAUAGCAUCACAGCAGGCUCAUCGUGCAAAAUUACCUGCGGCACCGUUGCGCACAUCAGUCGAGGAAGAGACGGAACCUCCUAUUUCAACCGUGAAGCAAACAACCCACAAGGCUCUUUCUCAGAGUAGCAUCCAGAAUGCCUUUGAUCGUAUGCGACCAAUGCGAACGCCUGUCCAGCAAGCUACAAUCACAAUAGGCGAUGCCACAACUGUUUCCACAAUUGGCACAUCGAGCCAGACUCUAGCUUCGAGGCGUGAGAGAGUCUAUUCUCCUAAAUUCUCAUUGUCAGGCAAACCUUUGAACCAGACUCCCAAGAAAUCGUUCCGAAAAGGGUUAACUGGAUUCGCAGCGCCAGGGACACAAAUCGAGAGCAGCGAGGAUGAGGAUGCUGGCGGACGUGAGGAUGUACAAGACAGUAGUAUGGUCGAUAUCUUAGCAGGUUCACCAUCGCCACACAAGCGACUACCACCCAAAGCCUUUGAAGCGCCACGUGCUGAUGACACAAUGGAGUCUUCAAGCACUCCGUUGAACCCUCAGAUAAAGACAGAAGAUGAGCCUAGUGAAUCUGAUAUGGAUGUCGUUCAAGAAGACAUGGAGGUACGCCCUGAUUUAGAAGAAUCAGAUGACGAAUACAUCGACGAGACAGAGAAGAAAGCACGAGAGGAAGCAAAAGUUGCGCAAAUGAUUGCAGAGGCCGAAGAGGCUGCUGCUCAACCUACGCAGGUAAACCUCAAGCGAGCAAGCAAACUCUUCAAGGCCACGCAAAAGAAGUACUGGACCGUCCAUCUUGAGCGUGUCGUCGAAACGGACAUUGAAACAAUCAGACGACAGCUUCGCAACAUCGAACCCAUCGGUCAGUCGGUACCGUCCAAUCUGAACGAACUGAAUAGUCUCAGCCCGGAGGCUGGUCCUACCCAAGAAGAUCCUGAAGAGCGCCUCAGCCUCACUGUGACCAAAUCCGACUUCAGUGAAAUGCGCAUCAUCGGCCAAUUCAACUUGGGCUUCAUCAUCGCCGUGCGCCCUCCAACCACUACAUCCCCAACCUCCGACCUAUUCAUCAUCGACCAGCACGCCAGCGACGAAAAAUACAAUUUCGAGCGCCUCUCCGCAACAACAACGCUUGUUUCCCAACGUCUCGUGCACCCGCACCCCCUCGAACUCACCGCCGUAGAAGAAGAAAUCAUCCUAGCAAACCAGCACGCACUCACCGCAAACGGCUUCGUCGUCGAAAUGAACACCAACCCCAAUAACGCCAACGACAACAACAGCCAAGACGAAGCCGGCCAUCGUGCAAAACUCACCGCCCUCCCCAUGUCAAAAGAAGUCACAUUUUCCCCAACCGACCUCGAAGAACUCCUCGCCCUCAUCUUGGAUAAUCCCCCUUCCUCAUCCACUUCAACUUCCCCACACAUCCCACGGCCCUCCAAGGUCCGUAAACUCCUCGCUAGUCGCGCCUGUAGGAGCAGUGUCAUGAUUGGCAAGACGUUGCAGCCCCCGCGCAUGCGCGAGAUUGUAAGGCACAUGGGCAGCAUGGAUAAGCCGUGGAGUUGUCCCCAUGGUAGACCGACGAUGAGGCAUUUGUUUGGUCUUGAGAAGUGGGUGGGUUGGAAGGAGGGGGAUGGGGUUUUGGGCGUUGAUGGGCUGCCUCGGGAGACGGAUUGGGCGGCGUUUUUGGAGGGGAGGGGGGGUGGCUGA